AUGCUGUACUUCUUCGCUGCUGUUCUCUGUGCCGUCAGCACACUACUACUGUUGAACCGCACGCUCUCGCGGCUACGGUUGAGCCCGGCGCGCACGUCGUACGACUACGAUGUCAUCAUUGUCGGUGGCAGUAUCGCGGGCCCGGUGCUGGCCAAGGCGUUGUCGGAUCAGGGUCGAAAGGUAUUGAUGGUGGAGCGGACGCUGUUCACUAAGCCGGACCGCAUCGUUGGUGAGCUGCUGCAGCCUGGCGGCCUGAACGCGCUGAAAGAGGUAGGCAUGAAGGAGUGCGCCGAGUUUAUUGGCAUGCCCUGCCAUGGCUAUGUGGUGGUGGACGAUAAGGGCAAUCAUGUGGACCUGCCCUACCGCAAGGGUGCCUCCGGGGUGUCCUUCCACUUCGGCGACUUUGUGCAGAGACUGCGCUCGUACGUCUUCCGCAGCUGCAAGGAGAAUGUUACGAUGGUCGAGGGCACCGUCAACAACAUCUUGACAGAGGGCCUCUCCUUUGGCGAGCGCGCCUACGGCGUCGAGUACACGGUAGCGGAGAUGUACGAGGUGCCCGCCGAUCCCUUCCGCGAGGACCCGCCCAAGGCCAACCCCGCGGCCCCGACGGUGCGCAAGGUUGCCACGGCACCGCUGGUUGUCAUGUGCGAUGGUGGCAUGUCCAAGUGGAAAAGCCGCUACCAGCACUACACCCCUGCCUACGACUACCACUCGCACUUUAUCGGCCUCGUGCUCAAGACGGUGCGUCUGCCCAAGGAGCAGCGCGGGACGGUCUUCCUCGGCAAAACAGGCCCGAUCCUGUCUUACCGCCUGGACGACAACGAACUGCGCAUACUCGUAGACUACAACAAGCCCACACUGCCCAGCCUCGAGAAGCAGAGCGAGUGGCUCAUCCAGGACGUGGCGCCGCGCCUGCCGGAGCACAUGCGCGAAGAGUUCAUUCGGGUAUCGAAGGACACAAAGAGUCUGCGCAGCAUGCCUAUGGCGCGCUAUCCGCCUGCGUUUCCUUCCAUCAAGGGGUACGUUGGCAUCGGCGACCAUGCCAACCAGCGGCACCCGCUGACUGGCGGCGGCAUGACUUGCUGCUUCCGCGACGCGAUUCGCCUGGCAAACAGUUUGAAGGACAUCCAGUCACUGCGCUCAGUCAACCAGGAGGAGAUGGCCGCCAUCGAGGACAAGAUGCAGGUCGCCAUUUUGAACUAUGUGCGCUUCCGCUACACCCACAGUUGCUGCAUCAACCUGCUGUCGUGGGCUCUCUACUCCGUCUUCAGCAGCCAGGCCUUGCGCGACGCGUGCUUUGACUACUUUGUGUGCGGUGGGAACCGUGUGACGGGCCCAAUGGACCUGCUAGCGGGUCUCGACCCGAAUCUAGGCAGCCUCUUCUUCCAUUACUGCUGCGUGAUGCUGUACGGCGUCGCUAACGUGAUGAUGAGGACAGGUGCGUACAGCUGCACUGCCAAACAGCUGUCCAACUCGGAGAAGCUGACCAAUAUCGCCUCCUUCUUCGUGGACGGGGGGCGCAUGAAGCACGCGGCGUAUCUCCUGGGCAAGUCGAUGGAGGUCGCGCUUCCGCUGGUGAAGAACGAGUUCUACUCUAUGUGGCGCUUCGUCGAUCCCACGAGCCCACUGGCCAACAUCUCCAAGCGCAUCAAGACGAUGGUCUACACGAGGCAGUUCAAUGGCAAACAACGCAAGCCUGUCGGCCUCUGA